AUGACUUGGCUUUUCAAUACCGCCGUGCAUGAAGCUCAGAACAUGACGGGAGCGGUAGUCAAAGAGUUUGCCUUUUCUGAUGACGAGGUCUACCUGAAGAAGCUUGGCUACAGCAUAGGGACAACUAUUGGCGAAGGCUCCUACGCAAAGGUGAAGAGUGCUUACAGUGACAAGCUUCAGAAACGGGUUGCCAUGAAAAUAAUCGACAGAAGAAGCGCUCCAAAAGAUUUCAAGGAGAAAUUUCUACCCAGAGAACUGAAAUGUAUGAAAGCUAUUAACCACAUCAACUGCAUAAAGCUAUUUGAAAUAAUUGAGUUUGAACAAAAGGUGUACAUUGUGAUGGAACACGCAGGACACGGCGACCUACUUGAGUACAUCAAACUGCGUGGAGCCAUCCCUGAAGACAGGAGCCGAGUCAUGUACCGACAACUAACGGAUGCCGUGUCCUAUCUGCACGGAAUUAACAUAGCACACAGAGAUUUGAAGUGCGAAAAUUUGUUACUAGACUACCAGAAUAACUUGAAAGUGUCGGACUUUGGAUUCUCUCGUUAUUUUGAGGAUCCAGGCAUCAGCAAGACAUUCUGCGGUAGCGCCGCCUACGCGGCACCGGAAAUCCUGCAAGGGAUUCCCUACUACAUACCAUUACACGACAUUUGGGCCAUGGGCGUCAUACUUUACAUCAUGGUGUGUGCGUCCAUGCCUUAUGAUGACUCUAACGUGAAGAAAAUGAUCCGAGAUCAGCUGGAGAAGAAGGUUACCUUCUCAAAAUCCAAGCCCAUCUCUAACGAAGUGAAAGACCUUAUUACUCGCAUACUGGAAGUGAAUGUGAAAAAGCGAUACACUAUUGCCCAGAUGGUUGUCCACCCGUGGAUGAACCCAGAUGCGCCGCCUCUGGCCGCGGACGAAGGAACCACUACAUGA